GAAAAAUAUAUAAUUUAAUUUGGUUUUAGAUCUGAAUCAUAUUCUGAUGAAUUACAGUGGGCUUCAGCCUGGUUAUUCAAAGCAACGAAUAACACUUUGUACCUAGACACUGUAAACAAACUUAUUCAGGAAUUCCCCCUUAAUUCGAAUUGUAGUGAGUUUAGCUGGGCAGAUAAACAGGUUGGAGCCCAGUUGUUGCUGUACACUCUCACUAAGGAUAUGCAGUACGGUACAGCAGUUGAGAAGUUUUGUAACAAUGCUAUCCACAACCUCCCUAGAUCACCAAAGGGUCAAGUUCAUCUGUAUGAAUGUUUCAGAGUCAAGUUCAUCUGUAUGAAUGGGGCUCGAACAGAUACGCUGCUAACUUUGCUUUUAUUUGUAUACAGGCGUAUUCAGCUGGCCUGGGAAAUGAGGAUUUUCUUGAUUUUGCAAAAGAGCAGAUUGGAUACAUCCUGGGUGAUGGUGGUAGAAGUUUUGUGGUUGGGUUUGGAGAAAACUAUCCUACAAGACCACAUCACAAGGCGUCUGCUUGUCCCUCGCCACCAACUGCCUGCACCUGGGAGACAUUUAGUGCAGGAGGUCCUAACCCUCAUCUUCUUCUUGGAGCACUAGUUGGAGGACCUAGGAAAGCUGAUGAUGUUUAUGAAGAUGACAGAUCAGAUUAUAUUUCUAACGAGGUUUCUUUGGACUACAAUGCAGGGUUUCAGGGAGCUGUAGCAGGACUCUUCCAGAUAGCAUUUGGAUUAUAAAAUGUUAUAUUUUGUAUACAUAAUUAUAUGUAACUUUACAUAAUUACAAUUUUUAAAAUUAAAAAUUUGCACAAAAUUUAAA